CGGUACCCCACCCCUUCCCUGAGGCUAGAAACUCUCACCCGAGCCCAAAAGCUCGUUCUCGUCGGCGCGAUGUCGUGUCAGCCCAUUACUAAUACUAAUACCUUUUCGCCUCCAAAUUCUUUUUCGAACCCAAAUUCCUCAACGACCGCCGGUGCCGCCGUCGACGACGAAUCUCCGAUAUCAAAAGCCAUGUCCGACGACGAACUCGAAGCCACUCCCACCUCUAACAACUCUCACUCGCCGUCCCCUGCGCCGCUUUCGCCGGCUACAAACGAACUGGCGGUGGUUCCGCUUUCGUCUAAUGCUCCGCCUCCGGCGUCGCGGACGCCGGUUUUCCCGGCUCGGGAGGACUGUUGGUCGGAGGCGGCGACUCACACGCUGAUUGAGUCGUGGGGGUCGCACUACCUGGAACUGAACCGAGGGAAUCUCCGGCGGCAGCACUGGAUGGAGGUCGCCGACGCCGUCAACGCCCUCCACGGCCACACUAAGAAACAGUACCGCACCGACAUACAGUGUAAGAACCGCAUCGACACCCUGAAGAAGAAGUACAAGACCGAGAGGGCUAGGGUUUCGCAAUCGCCCGGCAAUUACGUCUCCUCCUGGGCCUUCUUCAACAGCCUCGACGCCCUCAUCGGCGACAACUUCAAGCCCUCUUCUUCCCCGGCGACUACCGCUCCUAAUCGGAAAACUCCUCCGGCGCUUCCUCCACCACCGUCAGCCGUCCCUGUCGGUCCUCGGUCGAAGCGCCCGGUGGCUAUCGACGAAACCGUAUCCCGGCGAAAUUUCUCCGCCAUGGCUGCGGCGGCUGCCGCAGCCGCCACAGAAGAUUCAGACGAGAAUGAGGAGUCCGAGACGUCGAGUCCACCGCCGGCGCCGGCGUUUUCCGGCGGGAACAAGAGGAAGGACGUAGGAGCGCAAUUAGAAGGGUUUAGGAGUUUAGCGGAAGCAAUUGGGAAGUUCAGCGAUAUAUACAAGAGAGUGGAGGAGGCAAAGCUUAGGCAAAUGGUGGAUCUAGAGAAGCAGAGAAUGCAGUUCGCCAAGGAUUUGGAACUUCAGAGAAUGAAGCUCAUUAUGGAAUCACAAGUGCAAUUGGAGAAACUCAAACGUGCCAAGCGCAACAACUCGCAUGCUGAUAAUUAUUUAUAGGCAUCGGCGACAGCUCUUUUCAACUGUGCUCUCAUGGAAGAUGGGAUUCUUCAGCAGAUAGCAGUUUCAGGGUUGCUUGGCUUUUCUUGUCUCAAGAAUUUUGUCUGUGUUUCCUUAGAGACAUAGAGUAGAGACAGGUGUCUUUUGCCCCUUAUGGGUUUCUUUAUAUUAUAUAUAUAUAUAUAUGAUGGUUAUGUACAGGAAAGCCUACUAGGCUAGGCAGAAACAUUUUGCAGUGACCCCAUGGAUUUCUCUGCUACUUCCACCAGAGAUUACUGACAAGGGUGUUUGUUGCAUACAAGUUGGAUGUUUUUGCUGGAUAGAUUUGUGUAAAGUUUCAGGGAUUCAUGGUGGAUGGUUGUAAACUUUUGUAAUCUGGAUUCAUGAUCUGAAUGCAUUCUAACCCUGAAAGUUUUAUAA